AUGAGUUUCCGGAUGCUGCGUUCUACGGACUCUUUGGAUGACGAGUUCAGCAUGAACAAUCAUCGUCGAUUAUGCCGGCAACGGUCGAACUCAGAACCUAAUCGUUUGAGCCUUGAUGAAAACGGAGUAAAUUCUACAGAUAGUAACGGGAGGAGCUUGCUGUUUUGUGCCGUUAGUUACGGACAACUUGAAGUUGCUCGAGGUCUCUUGGAGUCUCGAUGUGACCCGAAUAUACCCGACGAAUACCGAAACAUUGCACUACACGAGGCCGUUGAAAGGUCACACCCUGACCUCGUAAAACUCCUGAUCAAAUAUGGGUCGGACUUAGAUGCCAAAAACUGCCUCGGCCAGACACCUCUGAUGAGAGCUGUUGUGUUUGAUGACUUGGAAAUUGUCAAGGUCUUGGUUAAAUCAGGAGCUGAUCUCGAUGAAGUCGAAAUCACCGGAAAAUCUGCAUUACUCAUAGGCCUGUUGGAACAACGAGAAAAAGUGUGCCGUUUUUUAAUUAAGCACGGGUGUGACGUCAACAUUGUAGACAAAUUGGGUCAAAGUGCAAUGUAUUUGGCCUCCCAGUCGACAAAUGCCGAGUCCAUGACUUUGUGUAAGCGAUUGAUCAAGGCAGGAUAUGAAACAAAGAAGGAUUCUGAAUGGUUGGAUGAGUCAAGCGUUGCUCGAAGAGUACUUCGGCGUAAAAGCUUUCUGAAAAAAGUUUACAACAAGCUAAGGAGCCGAUCCGAGAACAAUAACAAGCAGAAAUAUUGCCACAGUGACACGUCUAGUUCAUGCUCAGACUCAAUGAAUGAAAGCUAUUCAGACAUGAUGGAAAGUUUUAAUGAUCCUUGUGUCAUUCGAGUUCGAAAUUAAACACACAAAUUAGUCGACGAAAAUCAACUUAAUUUAAACUUACA